AUUGUGACAAGUUCUCUGAGAAAAACCUUCUCAUCUACCGUUGAUAGGUAUAGGCGGCCUCUUACAGUGGCCAAUCCAACAUUUGCGUUUUCGCUUAGAUCAUCAUGGCUAGAUCAUAAUGGCUAAACACCUUUUGUUUGCCUGCUAGGUCAAAUAUGGUGUGGACCCACAGGAGAUAACUUUUCGGGCUUCAUUUACUAGUCGCGACUUAAUUCUGUCUACGUAAACAAAGUAAUCGAUAAUAUAAUAAGUCAGGGAUCACGAGUAAAAUGGAGACUCAGCCCCAGCUGCAGCUCGAGAAACUUUCAACCCUGGGCCGAUGGAUAUAUGAAAGCGGCGUGAAGUUGAACGUUGUCAACACAACGUUAACAGCUUUAAAUGUAUCACCGGAGCCUGAUGUGGCGUACCUGUUGGGGGACCGGUACCUGGACUUCUCCUUGUGCGUAGUUUUCGCCCUCUUGUACCCGGUUAUUAGGGGCAUCCUUACACGCUUCGUCUUCGAGCCUUUGGGCAAGCGGGCGCUCUCAGGCGGUGAUCCGAAAAAGACUGAUGUGCAAGUGGACGAACAGGAACAGGCGAGGAAGCUUCGAAAGUGGAACGAAUCCUGCUGGAAAAUGACAGUUUACAUAGCCUUCACAGCUUUGGCCUUCGCAGUCUGCUGGGGCGAGAUUUGGUUCACAGACAGCCGCUAUUGGUGGCUAGGUUGUUCGCGGUUUCCUCCGUGUAACCUCCCUGUAUCUCGCGGCGUGCUGCUCUUCUACUGCGCUGAGACUGGUUUCUAUCUCCAAGCAAUACAUUUCCUCGCUGUGCACGAGGAACGGCGGAAAGACUGGCUGGAGAGCAUGAUCCACCACGUAGUGACGUCGGGACUACUAUUCUAUUCUUAUGCGGUCAACUUCACCCGCGUCGGAGUUGUUGUGAUUCUGAUUCACGACGUGUCCGAUAUCUUCCUGGAAAUGGCCAAGCUUGCCCGCUACGCAGACCGCAACGAUAUAGGCAUGCCGGCAUUCAUCGUCUUCUUCGUGUCGUGGGUUGUGGCCCGAGUACUUAUUUUCCCAGCUUACGUUAUCCGUUCGACGCUGUUCGAGCCGGUCAUGCUGGUGGCUGCCCAGCUGGGGAUCGAGCCGCAUCCGCACUGGGAGAUUUUCAACGGCCUUUUGCUGGUGCUGUUUGUCCUCCAUCUGUAUUGGACGGUGCUCAUCUUCCAAGUCAUUCAACGGCAGUUUACGCACGGGAAAAUGACGGAUGUUCGUGAAGCGGGGGAGGAGUAAGGAUUUGAGGUUCACAGCGUAUCUGUGCCUCUGUGAGAGGCGACGCGAACUCAACUGUACUGAUAUCGUCGCGGUACGGAGAGAAGUGAUUGAGUGUAGCUUUUGUGCACUACAUUAUGCACACCUGUGCAGUGCGAUUCGAACACAUUUAGUGCAAAGAAUGGCGCACAUCUUGUACGGACCUCUCUAGCUCA